CAAGAUGACGCUCCCGCCGGCCAUCAUGCGGCGCCUCACGCGCGAGCUGGCACGCCUGCACGCCAACCCGCCCGAGGACUACCGCGUCGUGCUGAACGAGGAGGACAUUCUCGACGUCGCCGUGUGGAUUCGCGGGCCAGAGGGCACGCCGUUCGAGGGCGGCUAUUUCAAGCUCACCAUCGACUUCCUGGCCGGCGACUAUCCCAACUCGCCGCCGCACUGCCUGCUGCGGACAAAGAUCUUUCAUCCAAACGUCUCCACAAAGGGCGACAUCUGCGUGUCGACGCUGAAGAAGGGCUGGGAUGCGCAGACGGGCGUCGACUUUCUCGUCCGCACCAUCAUCUCGCUGCUGCUGGACCCGAACCCGGACUCGGUGCUGGACCAGGCAGAGGCGGGCCGCUUGAUGCAUGAUUCGUACGAAGACUUCCACAAGACAGCUCGCAUUUGGACGAGCGUGCACGCCUCGACGCGCCCGGACUGCUUCGGGCCGGCGAGCCCUGCUUCUGCCAGCAAGAUGGCGAGCCAUGAUGCGGCACCGCUUGCGAGCACGCAGACUGUGGCUCCGCAGACCAGCAGCAACGCCGGAACUGGUCCGGCCACGCUGUGCCCUCCUGCGGCAGCUGCCCUUCCUUCUCUUCCGCAGGGCAGCAUUGCCGGUCUUCCAUCUUCAUGCGCUCCGCUGAGCCUAGGUGGAGGCGGCGUCCUCAAGAAGACGAGCGUGCCGAAGCGAGGCUUGCGGCGCCUCUGAUCACGUCACUGGGCCAUGCCUUAGCAGCCUGCUCCGCUCUCUUCCGCCGACACGACAAAAAGUGCUCUUCAUCACGUCCGACUGACCUGUGACGCCGGCCUGACCUUCAUCGAUACCACCCAAUGACUCCUCACACAUGUAUUCCCCUCGCGUCACACCCUGCUCCCAUCGCCUGCUAAUCUCAAAGCUGCUC